UGACCGUUUGAUCUCGAUCGGGGGGUCAGGAGAUGAAGGGCUUGAUCCUACAGUGUAGAAAAAAAGUGGGCUUUGAAGGGAAAGGGGGAGGCGGAAAUGGAAGAGAAGAAGAGGGUGGGGAAAGCAGUGGUGGUGGGAGGGAGCAUAGCUGGGCUAUCGUGUGCCCACGCUCUCAUCGCCGUCGGAUGGGCGGUGACGGUGAUCGAACGGUCGGGAGCUCCCCCAAGCCGAAGCCCCACCGGAGCCGGGCUGGGCCUCGAUCCACAGGCUAGGGAGAUCAUUGGCCGUUGGAUCGGCCAUCCGGACCUCCUCCAUGAUAUCACCGUUCCGCUCACCGUCGACUUGAACCGGGCGACGGAGAAUGAGCAGAAGAGGAGUUGGACGUUGACGAGGGAUGACAGCUUCGGGUUCAGAGCAGCCCAUUGGGCCGAUCUGCAUGGGCUGAUGCUCGGAGCACUGCCGGAGGGGGUCAUACUUUGGGCCCACCAGUUCAUCACUUUCCGGGUUUUGGAGAGCAAGUUGACUGUCGUCGCUGAAGUCGAAGCCCUUCAGACUGGCGAGACACUGCAGAUCGCGGCGGAUUUGCUGGUGGCCGCUGACGGGUGCUUGUCGACUAUCCGGCAGCAGUUUCUCCCAGAUUUUAAGUUAAGAUACUCAGGUUAUUGUGCAUGGAGAGGGGUGUUAGAUUUCACUGGAAAAGAGAACUCAGAUAUAAUUAUCGGUAUCCGGAGCGCUUAUCCAGAUCUUGGGGAUUGUUUAUACUUUGAUUUGGCCCAUAAAACACAUACUGUGAUCUACGAAUUGAAGAACAAGAGGCUGAAUUGGAUCUGGUACAUCAACCGGCCCGAACCGGAACUGAAGGGAAAUUCAGUGACUAUGAAAGUAAGCAAUAGUAUGAUUGAGGCUAUGCAUGAAGAAGCAGAAAAGCUCUGGGUUCCUGAGCUAGCCAGGGUAAUGAAAGAAACAAAAGAACCUUUCGUCAACGUGAUAUACGACAGUGAUCCUCUACAAAAGCUCUUCUGGGACAAUGUAGUUCUCGUCGGAGAUGCCGCGCACCCGACAACCCCUCAUGGAUUGAGAAGCACCAACAUGUCGAUUCUCGAUGCAGAGACCCUUGGAAACUGCCUUAAGAAAUGGGGGUUCGAAAACCUCCGCACGGCUCUUGAAGAGUAUGAGGCUGUCCGGCUUCCUGUGGUAUCGAAGCAAGUAAUACAUUCACGGAAAUUAGGGCGUAUGAAGCAAGGAUUAGUUAUUCAUGAUCAGAAGAGCUUCGAUCUGCGGACGGCCACUUCAGAGGAGAUUAUGCAGCUGCAACAAAGAAAUAUGCCAUACUUUGAUGGUGCUCCUACUACUGUUAGCUGAUACUUUCAUUGAUAUUCUGAUGAAUCUAGUGUUGUAUGCCUCUUACUACCUAAACUACUUUUAAUAUGUUAAAUGGGCCCUUCUGUAUGAUUAAUGUAUCUGUGCAUCUGUACAAUCCAUUUAGAUGUACGCUACUCCAUUUAGUAUGUACUGUCGAAGUAUAACAUGUAUUUAGAAGUUAUUUGAUAGCUCCAGAAUCUUAUUUUAUCUC